AUGGAUAAAGCAGAGGUCUUUGAUGUGGAGGCAAUGACAGCCCUGCAGAGUCUAAAGAAAGUCAUCACCUCUCCUCAGACAAGGUACAUCAGCAAUGUCUACAUUUGCCUAGACAAUUUGGAGGUAGUACAAGUUCUUGGAUCUGUGUCAAACACCUCUCAUCAGCCAGUCUUUGUGCAGUUCCUGGAAGUCAUAAAGGCCUGGCAGAGCAGGGAUAAGCUCUUAUUGAUCACUCAGAAUAGGAUGAUCAUUAGAUGA